AUGGGUUUCCAAGGGAAAUGGCUUUGUGUGAGUGUUCUUGUUCUUUGCAUUGUUCUUGAUCUUAGUAUGAUCACUCUUGGUGAUAACAAGCUUCACCAAGAAAGAUUUGGUGAUGAUGAUUGUCGAUUUGGGCGUGGACCUCGUUGUAGGGGUUGGGGUGGUCGUCGAGGUCAUGGUGGUUUCGGAGGUGGAGGUGGAAGAGGUUUUGGUGGUGGUGGAGGACUUGGAGGAGGUGGUGGUGCUGGAGGAGGUCUUGGUGGUGGUGGUGGCUUAGGAGGUGGUGGAGGUUUAGGUGGUGGAGGAGGAGGAGGUAGUGGUGGCGGAGGCGGAUUAGGUGGUGGCUCGGGACAAGGUGGAGGAUUUGGUGCCGGUGGAGGUGUUGGUGGAGCAGGAGGAGGAGGCCUUGGCGGUGGCGGUGGAGGAGGAAGUGGUGGUGGGGGUGGAUUGGGCGGUGGCUCUGGUCAAGGAGGAGGUUUUGGUGCUGGUGGAGGUGUAGGAGGUGGGGCUGGAGGAGGCAUUGGCGGUGGUGGCGGAGGAGGUAGUGGUGGUGGAGGUGGAGUCGGUGGCGGCUCAGGACAUGGAGGAGGAUUUGGCGCUGGUGUAGGUGGUGGAGGCAUUGGUGGUGGUGGCGGAGGAGGAGGAGGUGGAGGAGGCGGUGGUGGUUCAAAUGGUGGAUCAGGACAUGGUGGAGGGUUCGGAGCUGGAGGUGGUGUUGGUGGAGGAGCUGGAGGAGUAGGUGGUGGUGGUGGUGGUGGAGGCGGUGGAGGAGGAGGGGCAGGUGGAGGUUCAGGACAUGGUGGAGCCUUUGGUGCAGGUGGUGGUGUAGGAAGUGGAAAUGGAGCAGGUAUAGGUGCCGGUGGAGGUCAUGGUGGUGGAGGAGGAAUUGGUAUAGGAGUCGGCAUUGGAAUUGGGGUUGGUGUAGGAGCUGGAGCUGGCCAAGGAACUGGUACUGGUACCGGCAUUGGUGGAGGAGGUGGGGGUAAACAUUAA